AUGUGGAUACCCGUUCGGCUGCGCAGGGAGAAUUCCGUCAACCUCGCCUUGGCCUACGGGGACAUCGCAGCCUACGUCCAAGCUAUUUACUCGCUGAAAAUUGCCUGUAAGGAAGCCCGCUCCCAGGUUCUCAGCGGAAUGCCUAAUGAGCACUUCAGAUCGGCUGUCGUAAGAGACGAUGGGAUCCCUAUCACCCCUGCCAAGAUCAACACCUUGAUUGGCAUUAUCGAGAGACUCCGGGCUCAUUUGGGCAUGCCCUUUUGGGAUAUCGAGGCAGAGGCUGCGCGUUUCGGGAAUGUGAAUGUAGGUCCCGAUCAAGAGUACAUCGACGACCUUCUGCAUGUGCUCAUCAAUAACUCCCAGUACGCCGAGGCCAUUGAAUUCCUUGACGAGUGGCCGUGUCUUGAUGAUUUUGAUCUCAGUCGCAUUGGUGAGAUCUGGUGUCGUGAAUGUAUUGAACGCUAUGCAGAAUGGGUGUCCCAAGAGGCCAGCAUGCUCUAG